ACACUUUGCAUUCCAGCACAGCUGAAGAGGAAGAUGGAGGUCACCGCUCGAUGUGCUGCUGUGCUGUUCCUCCUGCUUCUAUCUCAGGCCCUGGUCACUGUUCGCUCCCAGGAGGAGGAGGAGGCUGCCCAGGAGGGGGAGGUUGUCCCGGAUGAGGAACUGCAGGAGGAGGACCAGCAGGUGAUCGAGACAUGGACGCGGAACAUCAAAGCCUGCACCUGUGACUGUGAAUCAGCAGAUUCACCGACACCUAACCCCGCUGUCAUCCCACCUGUCCUGCCGACCUCGCCGACGCCGCCACCUCAGGGUCACCCACUGAACUGCAUGCCGGAGUGUCCUUACCACAGAGCCCUGGGCUUCGAAUCUGGAUCUGUGACAUCAGACCAGAUCAGCUGCUCCAAUCAGGACCAGUACACCGGCUGGUACUCCUCCUGGAUCCCCACCAAGGCUCGCCUUAACAACCAAGGCUUUGGGUGUGCAUGGCUCUCCAAGUUUAACGACCAGCAUCAGUGGAUCCAGAUUGACCUGAAGGAGGUGGGUGUGGUGUCUGGCAUCCUCACCCAGGGCCGCUGUGAUGCUGAUGAGUGGAUCACUAAAUACAGCAUCCAGUACCGCACUGUGGACACCCUCAACUGGAUCUACUACAAAGACCAGACAGGAAACAACAGGGUCUUCUAUGGGAACUCUGACCGCUCCUCCACUGUACAGAACCUGCUGCGCCCACCCAUCGUAGCUCGCUACAUCCGUCUGCUACCGCUGGGCUGGCAUACCCGCAUCGCCAUGAGGUUGGAGCUGCUGAUGUGCAUGAACAAGUGUACCUGAAGUGUACUCAGCCGGCUUUUUCCUCCUUCCCCUGCCAACCUGCCGCUUGCCAAAAGGGGGACGUCGAUCUAGCACUGAAAAAUCCAUCAUGCAACUUUGUUAUGACCUUCAUCUCUUUAACAUGUGUCUGUCUUUCCUGACACUCAAAGAAAACUAAGUCUGGGCAGGUGGACAUGUUUGGUGUCCUCUGAUGCACUAUUUCUCUGUUUAAAGUCUGUAUAAAUUCAUUGUUUUAAUAUGUAAAUACAGAAUCGGACACCUUUAUCAAUACAUACAGGGGAUUCCAGUUUUAAAUGCAAUUUGGAGGCCUGUUACUGUCAAUAAAGCUGCAGGAGCAAAAUAAAGAUUUUAUUAUUUAUUCAUAAAUUUUCUUUGAAUCGAGUCAAACACUACAAUAAAAAAAGAUUCUACAGGUUAAGAGUCAAAUCAAAUGAGUUUGUUUUAUUUGAGAUUUACUAUUACAUAUGUAAACAUGAAUAAUCUAAAAUUGUUAAGCAUUCAUUUGUGGGUUUAUGUUCUCAUGUAAAUGCUCUGUUGAAA